AUGACCAACCAACCGACCAUAGUGAUCAAAAACCCGACAUGGUGGAAGAGGAGGACGAACUUGGAAAGGAAUCUGACCAUCGUCGCCGGCGGUAUGCUGUUGGCUUCCUCGUUCCUGGCCCUAGCCCUGUCCACGCUGUACUUCAACCACAGCUGUAACAUGGAGAGCCUUCCGUCGAUAUCGGCUGAAAACAAUGGUUUGAUUGGCAAAUCACGAGGUAGAAGUCUGUUCCAAAACAGGGAAUACGAAAAAGACAACAUUUGUCUCACCACCGGUUGUGUGAAAGCUGCGGCUUCCGUGAUCAACAAUAUGGAUCCAACGGUAGAUCCUUGCGACGAUUUCUACCAGUUCGCUUGUGGUAAUUUUAUCAAAGAAACCAUCAUCGACGACGACAAGACGUCUCAGACCACGUUCAGCGCCAUCAGCGACUCGCUGUUAAACAAGCUGCGAAUGAUCGUCACCGAACCCAUUCAACCGAACGAACAGAAACCGUUCAAAAUGGCGAAAUUGCUGUAUAAAUCGUGCAUGGACAAAGAAAAAAUAGAAAAGGAAGGCUUGGGACCGAUCAAGGAAAUGUUGAAAAGCCUCGGCGGAUGGCCUGUGCUGGAAGCCGACAAAUGGAACGACGCGGAUUUCACGUGGAAGGACAGCGUGUACAAGUUCCGAGUGGCGGGCUACAGCGUGGACUACUUCAUCGACUUCUCCAUCAGCACGGAUUUGAAAAACACCACGACCAGAGCCAUUGACCUGGAUCAAGCGUCCCUGGGUCUCAGCCGGGAGUACCUGGUCAAGGGCACCGACGAAAAAAUCGUGGCCGCGUACUACAAGUACAUGGUGGACAUCGCGGUGCUGUUCGGCGCCGACCGGUCGAGGGCCACCAAGGAGCUGAGGGAGUCGUUGGACUUCGAGAUAGCGUUGGCCAAGAUAUCGCUGCCGCUGGAAGAGCGCCGGGACGCGGCCAAGCUGUACAAUCCGAUGAAGAUCGCCGACCUGCAACAAAAGUUCCCCAGCAUACCGUGGCAAGAGUACCUGAACAAGCUGUUGAACCCGUUGACAAUACGGCAGGACGACAUCAUAAUUGUAAACUCGCCGAAAUACUUGUCGGACCUCGAGGCCUUACUCAGCAAUACGCCCAAGAGAAUCCAAGCGAAUUACGUGAUUUGGAGAGCUGCAGCGGCGUCCGUCAGUUAUCUGACCGAAGAAAUGAGGAAAAGACAGUUGGAUUACAGCACCGAGCUCUCCGGCAGGACUGAAAGAGAACCCAGAUGGAAGGAAUGCGUGGACAUAAGUUCCGGAAGUUUCUCUCUGGCCAUCGGGUCGUUGUACGUUAGACGGUACUUCGACGAAAACGCUAAGAAAAACGCUUUAGAAAUGGUGAACGGUAUCAGGGAGGAAAUGUACAAAAUAUUAGCUUCAAUCGAUUGGAUGGACGACGAAACUAGGAAAAACGCGAUUGACAAAGCAAAAUCGAUGACCAGUCACAUUGCAUACCCCGAUGAAUUAUUGGACGACAGCAAGUUGAAUGCGUUCUAUGAAAAUCUCGAAGUCAACGACAACGACUAUUAUACAUCAAUAUUAAAUUUGACCAAAUUCGGCACCGACUACAGCUUUUCGAAAUUGAGGCAACCUGUUAACAAAUCGGAUUGGAUUACUCACAGUAAAACGGCAAUCGUAAAUGCAUUUUAUAGUGCUAUUGAAAACAGUAUCCAGUUUCCCGCUGGUAUCUUGCAAGGCGCGUUCUUCUCCAGCGAUCGUCCUCGGUACAUGAACUACGGCGCCAUUGGGUUCGUAAUCGGUCACGAGAUCACCCAUGGUUUUGAUGACCAAGGCAGACAGUUCGACAAGCAGGGUAACCUGGUGGACUGGUGGGCGGAGGAGACGAAGAAACGGUACUUGGAGAAGGCGUUGUGCAUCAUCAGACAGUAUGGAAAUUACACGGCUCAUGAAGUCGGUCUCAAGUUGAACGGCAUCAACACGCAGGGCGAGAACAUCGCGGACAACGGUGGCGUGAAGGAGGCUUACUACGCGUACAACGUGUGGACCAAACGACACGGAGUCGAACCUCGGCUGCCGGGACUCCAAGAUUACACACCUCAGCAGAUGUUCUGGGUAAGUGCCGCCAACGUGUGGUGCUCCAAGUACCGACCGGAAACCCUCAAGAACCGCAUCACCACCGGUUUCCACUCGCCCGGCCGUUUCCGGAUCAUCGGCCCGUUCUCCAACCUGGAAGACUUCAGCAACGACUUCCGGUGUCCGCUCGGCUCCAACAUGAACCCGGUCAAGAAGUGCCAGGUGUGGUGA